CCCUCCUGUAUGUACUUGAAAAAGGGUGCACACUUUCUUGCUGGGGGCGACGGCGGCCGGCGGGUUAGACACGUCAGGUUGGGAUUAGGGCGGCGGAGGAGCCGCGGCGGUGAUUCGGCCCGAUCAGCCGGUCAACAUCCUCAUCGGCGGCGGCUGCAGGAGCAGGAGGAUAACGCGCGGACUCUGCAUCGAGCGACAUAAGCACUGAAGAUAUGCUCAGGGUUUUUUUAAUGUUCUGUUGGUUUUAUGACUCGAUCCUUUGUUUUUUUUUCUGUAGGAGUUAAUUUUAUUUAUUCUUGAAUCGUUCUCCAUAAUGCUGGCCAGCAUAGUUUUGAAUACCGAAAGUGUUAUGUUAUUUGUACAUCAUCCAUGUCUCAUCUUUUUUAUGUUGGACACUAUUUCAGAAGGAGACCGCAAAAUUAGUGGCUCUGAGCCAGUCUCCGGAAAUGGCUAUGGAGCAUGAUCAACCUCAUGAAUGCAAAGACGAUGAGCAGUUCGCUUGGCCAUGGAAGGGUGUUCUUGUUAACGUGCCUACCGAAUGGAAGAACGGGCGCCGCGUCGGAGAACAAGGAAACCACUUGAGGGAUCAGCUCUUGCAAUUUUGCGCACGAAAGGUUAUUCCUUUGUGGGACAAACACAACGGCCAUACUAGGAGUGCCAUUGUGGAGUUCACAAAAGACUGGAGUGGUUUCAAAAAUGCAAUGGACUUUGAAAAUCACUUUGAGGCACGAGGAUGCGGCAAAAGGCACUGGAAGGGGCAGCAGUACCAUGGGCCGGAGAUGUUUGCUUGGGUUGCAAGAGUGGAUGAUUACAGAUCGUACACGCCUAUUGGUUCCUGGUUGCGUAAGUACAGUGAUCUAAAAACCAUUGUUGAUCUUAAGAAUGAAGAAGCCCGUAAAACUGGCAGACUUGAAGAAAGUCUAGACAAACGGGUUGAGGCAAUGGAUAGGAAUGUGCAGGAGCUUGAGUACGAGUACAAUCAAACGACUCAAUUGCUUGGUAAGGCAGAGGAGGAUAUGAAGAAGCUCAUCCAGUCUCACACUGAAGAAAUUCACAAAAUACAGCUUGAUGAGCUAGCUGCUAUAGACGAGUCUAACAGAAUCACCCUCGAGCAAGAGAAGGAAGAGCGUGCUUUGAUGGAGAAAGUGAGGGCAAGUGAAACUUUGCUUAAGCUUGUUGAAGAACAGCAGAGGGAGACAAAACUUGCUCUAGAUAAGGAUCUUGAGAUACGGCAACUAAUUCUUGACAAGCAGGCUCUUGAAAUAGAACUGAAACAGCUACAGGGUGAAUUGGAAGUAACGGAGAUUAUGCCAGGUGAGGAAGUUUCGAAGAAGAAGAGAAUUGGUGAACUCCGCGAGAAGCUAGAAGAGAAGUAUGAGGAAAAAGAAUAUUGGGAAUCAGUCCAUCAGGGUCUGAUUGCCAAGCAAACAGCACAUACUAAUGAGUUGCGACCUGCUAGGAAGAAGCUAAUAGAUGGCUUCCAGGAUCUUACAAAUGGUCGAGGAAAUAUAGGCAUCAAAAGAAUUGGCAAACUUGAAGAAAAAGCAUUCUUAAAUGCUUGUAAGAAACAGUUACCAGAAGACGAUGCAGAAUUUACAGCUGCCAUUCUUUACUCCAAGUGGGAAACUCAGAUUGAAAAUUGGUCUGCCAUGUUUCAUGGGAAUAGCACGGAAAUUAUCUCCAAGGACAAUGAGAAGCUCCGGCAACUAAAGGAAGAGCACGGCCAAGAAAUGUACGCCUUGGUAACAAAGGCGCUGGAUGAAGUCUACAAUUACAAGCCUUGUGCGGAAGAACAAGGUCGAGAAAUCGUUGUGGAACUACAAGGCAGAUCGGCGUGCGACGGUAAAAGAAGGCAUCCAGUACGCCCUGGAAAAGUGGGCAACAAAGAAAAGGAAGCGCUGAGCCCAGAAUCUGGCCGGGGUAGUGUCCUCAUAAGUGAGCCUUAA